AUGACCAUUGCCCCUGCUCUCCCCAUCCCGGCCACCAUGCGCGCCAUGGUCCAGGGCGACGGCGACCAAGCCGCCAUCCAGGAGGUGCCCGUGCCCAAGCUCGACGAGGGCGAUGUUCUCGUCAAGGUCGACUAUGCGUCCCUCAACCCGACCGACUGGAAGCACGUCGCGUGGCUGUCGCCCAAGGGCGCCGUCAUCGGGUGCGACUACACCGGCACAGUGGUGGCCACCACGUCGCACCCGCGCGUCCACCUCAAGGUCGGCGACCGCGUCGCCGGCUGGGUCCACGGCGGCAUGUACCCCGACCGCGGCUCGUACGCAGAGUACCUCCACAUCCCUGCCGACCUGUGCUGGAAGGUCCCCGACAACGUCACCCCCCAGCAGGCAGGCGCGUACGGCGUGCCGUACUGCACGGCGUUCCACGGUCUCGUGCACUCCCAGAAGGGAGCUUGGCCGCCUACCAAGCUGAACAAGUGGAUCCUCAUCUACGGCGGCUCGUCCUCUGUGGGCCUGUACGCGCUCCAGCUCGCCAAGCUCAUGGGCUACAAGACCAUCACCACAUGCUCGCCGCACAACAACGACCUCGUCAAGUCGUACGGCGCCGACGAGAUUGUCGACUAUGCCAACCCGGCCGCGCACCUGAAGAUCAAGGAGAUCACGGGCGGCGGCGUCGACGUUGCCAUGGACUGCAUCUCGGACGCCAAGACGCAGGCGUUCUGUGUCGACUGUUUCGGCGACAAGGGCGGCCAGCUCAACCUCACCCUCCAGGCCGACCCCGAGGUGGAGAAGAAGCGCACCGACGUCAAGCUCGUGUUCACCUUGCUGUACACCCUCUUCGGAAAGGACAUCAGCCUCGCCCCGCGCGGCCAGAAGAACCUGAUCCCGGCCAUCCCGCAAGAGCGCGACUUCUUCGCCGAGCUCUGCGCCAAGACGCCCGAGUACAUCUCCGUCUUUGGCAUCCGGCCCCCGCCCCUCGAGGAGCGCCAGGGCCUCGACGUCAUCACCGCCGCGUUUGAGGAGAUGAAGGCAGGCAAGAUCAGCGGCAAGCGCAUCGUGUUCAAGAUUGGCGCCUAG